AUGCGGGUCGUCUCCUCCUCGUUUGAGUCUAGAGUGUUCCGGUGUUAUCUGGAUGCAGUCCGCGAGUUGUGCCUUUCGCCUUUGGUUCUCAAAGACGACAACCGGUGUUGCGAGUCUAGGUCGUUUUUCCUUGCUCGUUCCAGUGUCAUGGUUGGCCAAAGUACAUAUCCCAGUACUGAUCGAAGGUCACUUGAUCCUUGGUUGGUAGUGUUCUUGGCUGGUUUGUGCAGGUAUGGUUGUCUUCGACCCUUUUCUCCUUUGGUCGUCUUGUGCUUAAUGGACAAUGAAGAAUACAGCUUGGCAAGAUCAUCGAUAACCAGCUAUUUCAGGCGACGUCUUGGGGACUCCGGCAUCCGAGAGCCACCGCAAGAAGUUGCAGUGUCCAUUUCCAUCGAAGAUGACGAUGCAGUUCCGGCGAUCUGUUCUUCAGCAAUAGUGAUUCCAGGGGAAGACGAUAUGUAA